GCCUGGAGAUCAAGCCGGACUUCUAUCGCGACUUCUAUCUGGAACGCUUCCACAGAGAGGGACACGCCUCCUACCAGAGACGGGGAUCCCUACAACUUUGGCAGUUCCUGGUGGCGUUACUUGACGACCCGUCAAACGCUUCCUUCAUUGCCUGGACAGGCAGAGGGCUGGAGUUCAAGCUCAUAGAACCCGAAGAGGUGGCCAGACGUUGGGGCAUGCAGAAGAACCGACCGGCCAUGAACUACGACAAACUCAGCAGAUCUCUCAGAUACUAUUACGAGAAAGGCAUCAUGCAGAAGGUAGCUGGCGAACGAUAUGUGUACAAGUUUGUCUGUGACCCGGAAGCGCUCUUUACCAUGGCAUUUCCCGACAAUCACAGACCGUUACUGAAGUCAGACGGAACGGUCAAGGAUGACUUAUUCAAGUCUACGUCACAGUUUCCCGACAGCCAACCUUUAGCUCUGACUUCGUCGCCCACGCCUGUCCAUCAUCACGUGACAACAUCAGCCAUGCGAGGAGCCUUUAGUAUGUCGGGGUCAGCCACUGUGAACCCCCACAUGGGUCACAGCGCGCCACCGAUGACCCCAGAACAACACAGACUUCAAUAUGUGCAGGAGUUCCAGCGGAUGUAUGGCGCUGGGCCAUACAUGGAGGGGUGUGUUUACUAG